CCGCCUCAAUCACGGAAUAGGGGUUGCAACUUUUUCUUUUUUUAAAAAAUGGAACAAACAGAAAACGGUAUUCCUUUAGAACGGAGACCAGCGUGCGAUAAUUACAAAAUGCGAUAGAAGGUCGCCAUGCGCGAGUUGCAGAACGCUCAACGUUCUUUGUCGCACAACUCAUCGGGCAACUGAGAAACGACAACGCGUUCUCCUAUCCUCAAAAUAUGAUGAGGCCGUACAAGAUGUCAGUCGCCAACUUGGCGAUGUCAAAGAAAUGCUUCAGACACUACUGUUAAGCAGGAGCCCUGGACCUAGUUCAACCGCAGCCUCUACAGAGAGUGCACAUCAUACUCCUCCACCUAUGAUUGAUGAACAGGUCCCUACUUUAUCAGGCGCCAAUGAAGGCUAUAUCGGCGAUCCUUCCUUCUUAUCACAUGCUCAUAUAGUCGAGGAUACACUAGGAACGAACUUCACAGCUCCGGAUCCCACUAACGUAGAAUCUUUAGAUACUUCCUCGAUAGUAUCCCCGCAGAGGGUUGCCCAGUUGCUUCACGAUGUAGAUACAGGUAUAAAUGCCACGCCAGACCCCCUAGCUCCUGAGUCCUCUCAACAAUACGACCCGCAAAUUCGUGACCUUCCACUCCCGCCAAUAGAUCUUGUUCUUAAGGUUCUACGUAUGAGUAAAUCAUCCAAGCAACGAUUCUUCGUCGAUGUUCCGACAUUCAAGGAAGAUGAGUUCAUUGACCUCUGCCGCGACGUCUACUUCGCAAUCGAGCCAAUUUCAAUUUGGAAAUGGAUCUGCGUUAACGUUGGCCUCUACUAUAUUUUCCUUGGCGUCAGCGAAGAUGAUUGCAAAAGCAUAGACACAACCGUUGAUGCGUUGCGUUUUCACAACAGGGAAAUGAAGAGAAAUGCCGAAACAGCAAUGCAAGGUCUCCGUCUAUGCUCGGAACCGUCGAUGGAAUCGUGUCGCGCCUUAGUUCUUCUUGGAACCUUCUAUAUCAAAGAAGGUCAUAGUGCGAUUGCAUGGAGAUUAGUGGUUGCCGCCGCCAGGGCGUGCCUAGAUUUGGGCUAUCAUCGUCUACCUAUAAAUCCAAAAAAUGACCUCGAAUCUCGGCAAAGUACCAUAUUUUGGCAUACUUAUGUGUGGGACAAAGGGUUAGCUUUGACCUGUGGGAGAACACCUGUUAUCCACCAUUAUGAUGUGGAAAACUGCUAUCCAGUCAACGCGGACUAUUAUUUUCGUCUUAUGCCAGGCCGGGUAUAUGGUGGUCUUGUUGAUUACUCCAUAGUUGCAGGGGAGAUACAGCAGAAAUUAUUUUCUGCAUCAGCACUGCGUGCUCCACAGCAAACUCGUAUCGAAUAUGCUGAGGAAUUUGCUAAUAGACUCCUGAGAAUUAAGGAGGUCGUUGCAGCUAUACAUGAGGACGAUCCAAUCUGGGAGAAAUUGUAUUUCGCUGCCGGGGUAUUGCUCGAUAUCAAGAUGUACUGCCUCCUUACCAUUGUGUAUAGGAUACUCCCACCUCGUUCUCUACAGCCACACCCACUCCAGUGCUCCGACGAGUGCGUAGGCGCUGCACGGACCGCGCUAUCCAAAGUUGUGGAAGCGGGGAAGUAUAUGCUACAAAAAAACGCUUUCGGGUGGUCCAUGUUUCUGAAUGUGGUUCUAUCAUUGGUGCCAUUCGCACCUUUCCUCGUCCUGGCUGGAAAUGCUAUAGCUACAUCUUCAAGUGCAGACCUAGCUCUACUCUCCUCAGUCCUAUCAGUUUUGGAGCCCCCGGCGGCAGAUUCUUUGACUGCUCGAAAAGUUUAUGAUGCUUGCCAAAGAUUGUAUCGUAUCGCUACGACCUUAGUGUCAAAUUCCAACGAAGCCUCACUGCAGCUCAAGGAGUAUCAAGAGCAAAGUCCUAAUGCUGAUCUGUCUUUUAUCCGCCCAACCGACGGCUCUGAAACGCAUAACCCUGCGCUUCCAACCAACUUUGAUUAUGGUUUCCCCAUGGCGCAGCAAGACUGGGAUAGUGUUAUGACUGGCUUCGAGUCUGAGUUAGGAGGAUAUGACUCUAGAAUCCUGACAAAUAUCAUGGAACCUUACAUAACAAACACAAAUUGGUGACAUUAAACGGAAACGCUCUAUAGGCAUCGAAAGCGCAAAGCUUAACUUAAAAUAUGGUCGAAUGACUUGGCGCGGAUUUUGUAUACGAAAAAGGUCUCAGGAGGUUUCGUCGAGUCUCUAAACUACCUAGGUAAUCCUGAGACUAGAUGCAAGGGCUGGAAAAUAACCUGCCUAUCAAACCGGUACACUGCCAAGAGGUAAAACGAUGUCAACUUAAGUGAUUGACGCUGACAUCUUCAUGUACAAGGACCUCUCACGGAAAAUACCGUAAUAUUAGAAUUACCAGUAGGCGAAAUUAGGUAGUUAAAGCUUAGAUGAGUCCGGAGAGAGAGCUUCUGUCGACAUAAAAUUGGAAGGAUUACAUGGGCGGUUAACAAAGCAUAAAUAGUAAACAAAAUUGACGAGAUACAACCC